GCACGGGGGCUAGAGUAGUCGGAAGUAGAGAGGCGCUUGGUAGACGUAAAGUAAGUGCUAGGUAGACUAUUUAAAAGGACAGUCAGCCCCAAGAAACAAGCCAUGAUGCAGUAAGACCGCUUUUAAAAACACGCUGCACUUUUAAAUGCCGUUUAAUUAUUGAGCGCUGCUUGAAGUGCAGAAUGCACUGACAUCGGAGCCGACAAAUGAGGGGUUGAAUGAAGGGGUAGUGUCGUGAAUGCACAAAUAUCACAUACUCGUGUCGGAGAGAAAUAAUAACGGACAUGGCUGAUAGAACAGCACCGAAUUGUCACCUGCGGUUGGAAUGGGUCUACGGUUACCGGGGGCACCAGUGCCGCAACAACCUGUAUUACACAGCGGCGAAGGAAAUUGUCUAUUUCGUCGCCGGUGUGGGAGUAGUUUACAACACCAGGGAACACAAGCAGAAAUUCUACUUGGGACACAACGAUGACAUAAUCAGUUUAGCCCUGCAUCCCGAGCGUGUGCUGGUGGCCACCGGGCAAGUGGGCAAGGAGCCCUACAUCUGCGUGUGGGAUUCCUACACGGUGCAGACAGUGUCCAUCCUCAAGGACGUGCACACGCACGGCAUCGCCUGCCUGGCCUUUGACCUCGAUGGACAGUGUUUGGUGUCUGUGGGUUUGGACUCGAAGAACACAAUCUGCGUGUGGGACUGGAGGAGAGGAAAAGUGCUCGCAGCAGCCCCCGGCCACACCGACAGGAUAUUUGACAUUUCAUGGGACCUGUAUCAGCCAAGCAAGCUUGUGAGCUGUGGAGUCAAGCAUAUCAAGUUUUGGAGCUUAUGCGGCAACGCGUUGACCCCCAAGCGUGGCGUUUUCGGCAAAACAGGGGAUCUCCAAACAAUUCUCUGCCUGGCGUGCGCCAGAGACGAGGUCACGUAUUCAGGGGCGCUGAAUGGUGACAUUUAUGUCUGGAAGGGGAUUAAUCUGGUUCGGACUGUGCAAGGCGCCCACGGGUCGGGCAUCUUCAGCAUGAACGCCUGCGAGGAGGGCUUCGCCACGGGGGGCCGGGAUGGCUGCGUCCGGCUCUGGGACCUGAACUUCAAACCCAUCACGGUGAUCGAUCUCAGGGAAACGGACCAGGGUUACAAAGUAACUAGAGGUGAAAAUUGCAGAGGGCUGUCAGUACGGAGUGUGUGCUGGAGGGGCGACCACAUCCUGGUGGGCACCCAGGACAGUGAGAUCUUCGAGGUGGUGGUCCAUGACCGCACCAAGCCCUUCCUGAUCAUGCAGGGCCACUGCGAGGGCGAGCUGUGGGCGCUGGCUGUGCACCCCACCAAGCCCCUGGCCAUGACAGGCAGCGACGACCGCUCCGUCAGGAUCUGGAGCCUUAUCGACCACGCAUUGAUCGCGCGCUGCAACAUGGAGGAGCCCAUCCGCUGCGCGGCCGUCAGCACGGACGGCAUCCACCUGGCGCUGGGCAUGAAGGACGGCUCUUUCACCGUCCUGAGGGUCAGGGACAUGACUGAGGUGGUGCACAUCAAGGACAGGAAAGAGGCUAUCCACGAGCUGAAGUACUCCCCCGACGGGGCACACCUGGCUGUCGGCUCCAAUGACAACUCGGUGGACAUCUACGGUGUGGUGCAGCGGUACAAGAAGGUGGGCGAGUGCAUCGGCUCCACCAGCUUCAUCACGCACAUGGACUGGUCUGCGGACAGCAAGUACCUGCAGACCAACGACGGCAGUGGAAAGAGGCUAUUCUACAGGAUGCCAAGUGGGAAGGAGGUCACGAACAGGGAGGAGCUGAAGCUGGUUCAGUGGUCCACCUGGACGUGUGUGCUCGGGCCGGAGGUGAACGGGAUCUGGCCCAAGUACUCUGAGAUCAACGACAUUAACUCUGUGGAUGCCAAUUUUAACAGUCAAGUGUUAGUAACAGCCGACGAUUACGGAUUAGUUAAACUGCUGCGGUACCCUUGUGUAAGGAAAGGUGCAAAGUUUAAAAAAUACUUAGGUCACUCAGCCCACAUAACCAAUGCCAGGUGGUCACACGACUACCAGUGGGUGAUCACUAUUGGAGGAGCCGAUCAUUCAGUGUUCCAGUGGAAGUUUAUCCCUGAAAGAAAGUCAAAAGAAGCUCUUCAUAUAGCACCUCAAGAGACACUGGCGGACUCCAACAGCGAGGAGUCGGACUCUGACCAGUCGGAUGUGCCGGAGAUGGACUCGGAGAUCGAGCAGGAGACGCAGCUCACAUACCGACGGCAGGUGUAUAAAGAUGAUCUACCUCAGCUCAAAGAGCAGUGCAAGGAGAAGCAUCGGAUGAUGGCCACCAAAAAGCGUGAGAGGGCCCCAGGGAGUGGCAUCAAACUCCACUUCGUCCACGGUUACAGGGGAUAUGACUGCAGGAGCAACCUGUUCUACACUCAGACGGGGGAGAUUGUGUACCAUGUGGCGGCGGUGGGGGUUGUGUACAAUCGGCAGCAGAACACACAGCGUUUCUACCUGGGCCACGAUGAUGACAUUCUCUGCCUGGCCAUCCACCCCCUGAAGGACUACGUAGCAACAGGCCAGGUUGGCAGAGAUUCCUCCAUCCACAUAUGGGACACAGAGAUGCUGAAGCCCAUGUCAGUUCUCAAAGGAUAUCACCAGUAUGGAGUGUGCACCCUGGAUUUCUCAGCGGACGGCAAGCGGCUGGCCUCGGUCGGGCUGGACGACAAUCACACCAUUGUACUGUGGGACUGGAGAAAAGGGGAGAAGCUCUCUGCCAUCAGGGGAAGCAAGGAUAAGAUUUUCGUUGUCAAAAUUAACCCUUACAUGCCUGACAAGCUCAUCACUGCCGGGGUGAAGCAUAUGAAGUUCUGGCACAAAGCAGGCGGAGGUCUGAUUGGGCGGAAGGGGAACAUGGGGAAGACAGAGACCAUGAUGUGUGCAGUGUAUGGCUGGACAGAGGAGAUGGUGUUCUCAGGGACCUGCACAGGUGACAUCUGCAUAUGGAGGGACAUGUUCCUCAUGAAGACGGUGAAGGCCCACGACGGGCCCGUCUUCAGCAUGCACGCCCUGGAGAAGGGUUUUGUAACAGGAGGCAAGGACGGCGUGGUCGCCCUGUGGGACGACACCUUCGAAAGGUGCCUGAAGACCUACGCUAUCAAGCGGGCGGUGCUAGCUCCUGGCUCCAAAGGCUUGCUGUUGGAGGAUAACCCAUCUAUACGUGCCAUAUCUCUGGGUCAUGGUCAUAUAUUAGUGGGCACGAAGAAUGGUGAAAUCCUGGAAGUGGACAAAAGUGGCCCCAUUACUCUCUUAGUCCAGGGCCACAUGGAGGGUGAAGUGUGGGGCCUGGCCACCCACCCUCACCUGCCCCUCUGCGCCACCGUCAGUGAUGACAAGACCCUGCGAAUAUGGGACCUCUCUCCCAGCCACUGCAUGCUGGCCGUGCGCAAGCUCAAGAAAGGGGGGCGCUGCUGCUGCUUCUCCCCGGACGGCAAGGCCCUGGCAGUGGGCCUGAACGACGGCAGCUUCCUCAUCGUCAAUGCUGACACCCUGGAGGACCUGGUCUCCUUCCACCACCGCAAGGACGUCAUCUCCGAGAUUCGCUUCUCGCCAGGUGCUGGGAAAUACCUGGCGGUGGCUUCAGCAGACAGCUUCGUGGACAUCUAUAACGUGAUGAGCAGCAAGAGGGUGGGGGUGUGCAAAGGCUCGCUCAGCUACAUCACCCACCUGGACUGGGACAAGAGAGGGAAGCUGCUGCAGGUCAACACAGGGGUGAAGGAGCAGUUAUUUUUCGAAGCUCCCCGCGGCAAGCGGCAGACGAUCCCGGCUGUGGAGGUGGAGAGGAUUGACUGGAGCACCUGGACCUGUGUGCUGGGGACACACUGCGAGGGCAUCUGGCCUGUGGUCAGCGAGGUCACAGAGGUCACCGCGGCCUGUCUGAGCAGCGACAGGAAGGUGCUGGCCACCGGGGACGACCUGGGAUAUGUGAAGCUCUUCAGGUAUCCCGUCAAGGGCAAGUACGCGAAGUUCAAGCGGUACGUGGCUCACAGCACCCACGUGACCAACGUGCGGUGGACGCACGACGAUGCCCUGCUGGUGACGGUGGGCGGGGCAGACACCUCCCUCAUGAUCUGGUCCCAUGAGCCCGAGGGCCACCGAGAGGCCCGCCAGUGCGACAGCGAGGAGUCCGACAUUGAGAGCGAGGAUGACGGGGGGUAUGACAGCGACGUGACCAGAGAGAAUGAAAUCAACUACACCAUCAAAGCCUUAUCCACCAACGUGCGCCCAAUGUCAGGGAUCAAGCCGCACCUGCAGCAGAAAGAGCCGUCCGUGGAUGAGAGGCAGGGGGUGGUAAGAGGGUCCAGACCUCCCGUGAGCAGGGCCCUGCCACAGCCAGAGAAGCUGCAGACCAACAAUGUGGGCAAGAAGAAGAGGCCGAUUGAGGACCUGGUGCUAGAGCUGGUGUUUGGUUACCGUGGCAAUGACUGCCGCAACAAUGUCCACUACCUUAACGAGGGGGCUGACAUCAUCUACCACACAGCCUCGGUCGGUGUGGUCCUCAACCUGACAACAGCCUGCCAGAGCUUCUAUGCAGAGCACAGUGACGACAUCCUCUGCCUGACCAUCAACCAGCACCCCAAGUUCCCCAAUGUGGUGGCAACUGGCCAAGUAGGUGAUUCUGGUGACAUGUCAGCUACAUCUCCCUCCAUCCACGUGUGGGAUGCUAUGAACAAACAGACCCUGUCCGUCCUUCGCUGCUUCCACUCGAAGGGCGUCUGCUCCGUCAGCUUCAGUGCCACCGGGAAGCUCCUCCUCUCUGUGGGGCUGGACCUCGAACACACCAUCACCAUCUGGAAGUGGCAGGAAGGCGCCAAAAUCGCCAGCCGAGCGGGGCACACGCAGCGCAUCUUCGUGGCAGAGUUCCGGCCGGACUCGGACACCCAGUUUGUGUCGGUGGGGAUCAAGCACGUGCGGUUCUGGACGCUGGCGGGCCGGGCCCUGCUCUGCAAGAAGGGCGUUCUCAGCUCCAUAGAGGAGGCCCGCAUGCAGACCAUGCUCUCCGUGGCGUUCGGAGCUAAUAACUUGACAUUUACAGGUACCAUAAGUGGGGAUGUGUGUGUGUGGAAGGAACACAUUCUAGUGCGAAUCGUGGCCAAGGCCCACACAGGCCCGGUUUUUACCAUGUACACCACACUAAGAGACGGGCUCAUUGUGACCGGUGGCAAGGAACGGCCGUCAAAGGAGGGAGGGGCCCUCAAGCUGUGGGACCAGGAGCUGAAGCGCUGCCGGGCUUUCCGCCUGGAGACUGGCCAGAUCAUCGACUGCGUGCGCUCCGUGUGCAGGGGGAAGGGUAAAAUCCUGGUGGGGACGCGCAACGCGGAGAUCAUCGAGGUCGGGGAGAAGAACGCCGCCUGCAACAUCCUGGUGAACGGCCACAUGGACGGACCCAUCUGGGGCUUGGGUACCCACCCCACCCGGGACGUCUUCCUGUCUGCUGCCGAGGAUGGCACCGUGCGCCUCUGGGACAUCCCCGAGAAGAAGAUGCUGAACAAGGUCAACCUGGGGCACCCAGCGCGCACCGUCACCUAUAGCCCCGAGGGGGACAUGGUGGCCAUCGGCAUGAAGAACGGGGAGUUCAUCAUCCUGCUGGUCACCUCACUCAAGAUCUGGGGCAAGAAGAGGGACCGCCGGUCCGCAAUCCAGGACAUCAGGUUCAGUCCGGACUCCCGGUACCUGGCGGUGGGCUCCAGUGAGAAUGCGGUGGACUUUUAUGACCUGACGCUGGGGCCGGCACUGAACCGCAUCAACUGCUGCAGAGACAUCCCCAGCUUCGUCAUGCAGAUGGACUUCUCCGCAGACAGCAGCUUUGUUCAGUUGUCCACUGGUGCUUACAAGCGGCUGGUAUAUGAGGUGCCUUCAGGAAAGCAGGUCACUGAGCAGGCAGUCAUUGAUCGGAUCACCUGGGCCACAUGGACUAGUGUCCUAGGUGACGAGGUGGUGGGGAUCUGGUCCCGCAACACUGACAAAGCCGAUGUAACCUGUGCCUGUGUGUCCCACUCUGGCCUCAACAUCGUCACAGGCGAUGACUUUGGAAUGGUAAAGCUGUUUGACUUUCCAUGUCCAGAAAAGUUUGCUAAACAUAAGCGCUUUCUGGGUCACUCCGCCCACUUGACAAAUAUUCGCUUUACAAGUGGGGACCGUUAUGUGAUCAGUGCUGGCGGCGACGACCGAAGCCUGUUUGUGUGGAGAUGUGUCCACGCCCCUCACUGACGGACACACUGACAAUCACCACAAACUCUCAAGGGGCUGCAUGGGCUAUCCCAGCAUGGCUGAAGAGAGGGGGACCCACAGUCAGACAACUGCAUGCUAAACGGACGUCAAACCUGGCAGCUAGCGUACAAAACAAGGUGACUUACUGCACUGCUCGAGACUGGCCGCGCACACUCCGGCGUCACUUCCCGCUACUGUACCACCUCCGAAUGUACUGUCUACCACAAAGUCAUUUUUGGGGCAAUCGGCACCGAAGUCUCCUUCAGCGGUUUGCUUUGCAAAAAGUCUUCGAAAGUAAUAACCUUUGAAAAUGUGGUGCCACCACCCGGCUCCACCCCUUCAGAACAUCAACCCUUCGCUCAUUUUUAUUCUGAUAUCCAGUUUAAUUUUCAUGGUUUACUUUGUAUUUGGAGUGUUUUUUCCCCACAACAUCACAGCGGCACAGCAGUCAUAAUGGACAUGCCAUUUUCAAAAAAUAACGUAGCAGACAUGAUUAGCCUUAAACUUUACCUUUUAUGUGUGAAACGGAGGCUUGUAUGACAUUUUGGUUUGAUGUUUUUAUAAAAAUCACUUGAUGAUUUUUCUUAAGGAGCGUUUGGAUGAGAGCAUUUUUUUUUAUUCAACUCCUGUGGCCUUCUUCCUGAAUGUACCAUCCGAGUUCUAUUUUGGAUGUCAGCAUGCCAAAGCGUACUAUGCACUGUAUACCUGACCCAGUCACUGUGGUAACCCCAAUGGUUUGUUCAUGUAACUGUGCUAUUUACCAGUUGAACCCAAAACCCCUCUUGAUGUAUCUGAACGUAAAAAGUAUAUGAUCCUAUAAACUGAAAUGUAGCAUUUUUGGCUUGUGCAGUAACCCUCCAUUGCGUAUGUAUGCAAGUAUGUAUGCGAGUGUGUUUCGAGUUCAUGUGCAUGGCUUACCGAAAGACAAUCCCUUUCCAACCAAAAUCCUCAAAAAAUUAAAAAAAAAUCUAAAAAGUUUUUUUAAUACUCUGUUGAAUUUUCCUUAGAAAAAUACUUUGUGUGCUGCUAAAACAUUUUUCUUAAAACUGAAGUUCACCAUUUUUAAACCAGUUCUGAAAUGAUAGACUGUAAAAAGCCAUUGAUAUUAAUGUCAUAUGUAGGCACCUAAAAUGAGCUGUCUGCCUCAAAGUAUCCUAAUAUCCACGCACUGGGCUACCUUUGUUGAUCAGAGAAGUAUAGCAUAUGCCAGGUCUUUGGAUCUAGUAGCUAGCAAGUAAGCUAAAUCAGUAGACAAAACAUUGCAGAAAUACCCACUGUUGCCUUUUUCUCAUGCUUGUUGCAAGUACAACUUCAAUAUUAAUUACUAUUAAAAUGAAAUCAUUGAUUCAGCCCAUUAUCUAAUGCUGCCCAAUUAUUAUCAACUAAACACAGCACAGGAUUCAUUACUAAAACUGGGAAAUGUUAUAUUCAGUUGCUAAAAAAAUAUCAAGUACUUCUAAUUAGCGAACCAACAUGGCCAUUCCUUUAGAAUCCAGUUGAUUCAACACACGAGACACACUUAAAAAUUUCUACUUUGAGAUGACAUCACAAAAAUAUCAACGGCAUUUGUAAAGCAUUUCAUUUCAAU